ACCAAGCAGAAGAUCGACCGGGACCUCCUGUGCCGGCAGAGCCCCAAGUGCGUCAUCUCGCUGGAGGUGAUGUCCAGCUCCAUGGAGAUCUGCGUGAUCAAGCUGGAGAUCAAGGACCUCAACGACAAUGCGCCCAGCUUCCCCACCGACCAGAUCGAGCUGGAAAUCUCGGAGACGGCCAGCCCCGGCACCCGGGUGCCGCUGGAGAGUGCCUAUGACCCGGACUCGGGCAGCUUUGGUGUGCAGAGCUAUGAGAUCACCCCCAACGACCUCUUCGGGCUGGAGACCAAGACGCGGGGCGAUGGCUCCCGCUUUGCCGAGCUGGUGGUGGAGAAGAGCCUGGACCGCGAGACCCAGUCCCACUACAGCUACGUGAUCACGGCGCUGGACGGUGGUGACCCGCCCAACUUCGGCACGGUGGAGCUCAGCAUCCGCGUCAUCGACUCCAAUGACAACAACCCGCUCUUCGAGGAGCCGGCCUACACCGUCAGCGUGCCUGAAAACGCCCCGCCGGGUACGCCGGUCAUCCGCCUCAAUGCCUCCGACCCGGACGAGGGCACCAACGGCCAGGUCCUCUACUCUUUCCACAGCUACGUCUCCGAGCGGGCCCGGGAGCUCUUCCAAAUCGACCCCCAGAGUGGCCUCAUCACGGUGAGCGGUGCCAUUGACUACGAGGAGGGUCACGUCUAUGAGCUGGACGUGCAGGCCAAGGACUUGGGGCCUAACUCCAUCCCUGCCCAUUGCAAAGUCACCAUCAGCGUUCAGGAUGCCAAUGACAACCCGCCCCUCAUCAACCUGCUCUCCGUCAACAGCGAGCUGGUGGAGGUGAGCGAGAACGCCCCGCCGGGUUAUGUCAUUGCCCUGGUGCGGGUCUCGGACCGUGACUCCGGGGCCAAUGGGCGGGUGCAGUGCAAGCUCCUGGGCAACGUGCCUUUUCGGCUCCAGGAGUACGAGAGCUUCUCCACCAUCCUGGUGGACGGGCGGCUGGACCGGGAGCAGAGGGACCAAUAUAACCUCACCAUCCAGGCCAAGGACAAUGGCAUUCCCUCCCUGCAGGCCACCAAGUCCUUCACUGUCAAGAUCACUGAUGAGAAUGACAACCACCCCCACUUCUCCAAGCCCUAUUACCAGGUCAUCGUGCAGGAGAACAACACCCCGGGGGCCUACCUCCUCUCAGUCUCGGCCAGGGACCCUGACCUGGGCCUCAAUGGCAGUGUGUCCUACCAGAUCGUGCCCUCCCAAGUCAGGGACAUGCCUGUCUUCACCUAUGUCUCCAUCAACCCCAACUCUGGAGAUAUCUAUGCUUUGAGGUCCUUCAAUCAUGAACAGACGAAGGCCUUUGAGUUCAAGGUCUUGGCAAAAGACGGGGGUAAUCCCUCUCUGCAGAGCAAUGCCACUGUCAGGGUGAUUGUCCUGGAUGUCAAUGACAACACCCCUGUGAUCACGGCCCCGCCACUGGUCAAUGGGACCGCGGAGGUGUACAUCCCCAGGAACGCGGGGGUCGGCUACUUGGUGACGGUGGUCAAGGCAGAUGACUAUGACGAGGGUGAAAAUGGCAGACUUUCCUACGAAAUGGUGGAAGGAGACAGAGGAUUUUUUGAGAUAGACCAGGUCAAUGGAGAGAUAAGGACCACCAGAGCCUUUGGGGAGAACGCAAAGACAGCCUACGAGCUGAUUGUAGUGGCUCACGACCAUGGAAAAACAUCUCUCUCAGCUUCUGCCUUGAUUUUGAUAUACCUGUCUCCAGCCCUGGAUGCCCAGGAGUCCAUAGGAUCUGUUAACCUCUCCCUGAUUUUCAUUAUUGCCCUGGGGUCUAUUGCAGCCAUUCUUUUUGUCACCAUGAUCUUUGUGGCAGUCAAGUGCAAAAGGGAUAACAAGGAAAUCAGAACCUACAACUGCAGAAUCGCAGAAUACUCCUACGGGCAUCAAAAGAAAUCAAGCAAGAAAAAGAAAAUCAGCAAGAAUGAUAUCCGCCUGGUACCGCGGGACGUGGAAGAGACGGAUAAAAUGAACGUUGUGAGCUGCUCCUCUCUAACUUCAUCCCUCAACUACUUCGACUACCACCAGCAGACCUUGCCGCUGGGCUGCCGCCGUUCCGAAAGCACCUUCCUCAACGUGGAGAGCCAGAACAACAGGAACGCCGGCUCCAACCACAUCUACCAUCACACCUUCACGGGGCAGAGCCCCCAGCAGCCCGACCUCAUCAUCAACGGGAUGCCGCUGCCAGAG